CACACACACACACACACACACACACACCUGUCCCAUAUUCAUUUCCACUUCCUACCUGACUGCCCCAUUUGAUCCUUAUCGAAUCAAUUUUACCUGACCAACUGUGCUUGUAAUCUUAUUGGUGUACCAUAGUUUUGUCCCACCUCAUGCCCACCUUAGGGGUUCCUCAUGUUUUCUACCUUCAAUCCACCUGAUCCAGUGGUUUUUCUCUAUGAAAAUCCCUAGAAAAGACAGGGUCCUUGGCAAUUAACAUGGGUCCCCUUCUGUCCCUUUGUCUGACAGAAGUUUCCUUUCUCCCAAUUAAUAUAUUCUGCUCUUAACCUCCAUUGUUCCUAAAAUUCAUUCUUUUUUUUUUGUUUACAGUUUCAUUUUUUGGUUUUAAAAAACACAAACUUGUUGUAGGUAUCUUUCAGACAAGAUGAGUUUCAUCCCCUAUAUCACUAUAACUAUGAAAAUGACAAAGUACUAUGACAAAAAUGUACUUUUUUUGCCUCAUCUUUGUCUCUAGGUAUGAUUUCUGCAAAUGUAAGAGAAUUAUGCUUGAGCUUGCCAAUAAAGGUAGCUCAUGCUUUUCUGGCGUUAAAGUACCUCUUUUGGGUAGAGGCCCAGUGCAUUCGGGGGGUGUAGUCACUAUCUGUGAGGUUUCUGCCUUCUCCAGGAGUCUCCAAGGUGGUCCCUGAGGCAGGAGACAUGUGUAGUGCUGCUAAGAUUGAUAGCUGGUUCUGUUCUCACCAACUGCUCUGUGAGAUUAGUCCUCUAUCAAUUUUCAAUAUGCUUUUAUGCUGGCGUUUUUGAGAAUCCAAAUUUUAAUGAAAGUCCCAUCACAUCCACAAUAACCAUGAGAAGAGGAAAACACACACCCUAAGGAUGGCAAAGGUUGCUGGACAGGUUUGGGUUGGGGGCACCCUGUGGUGUCUUGAUGGGAUGCUCCCUGAAAGUGACAGCCGGGCCCAUUGGUUUUGAUGUGCCUGCUAGAAACAUGACAUCUUAGGGAAAGACUUGAGGAACUUGCUUAUGGUGCCCAUGACCAGGAAUAGCCCUUGCCAGUGGCUUCCUGACUCAGUUGUUCCUGCGAAAUGUUUUUUGCUGAAGGUCAGAUAUCCUUCCAAUUUGUAUGGCAGAGCUGGGAUCUGGACCCAGUCUGUGAGGGUCCGAAGCCACCAUCACCUCCCUUUUGAUGCCCACUCCAGGGGAAGGUAGGGAUGAGGCUCUGGAAAAAGCAGCUAUUCCUAGGUGGGGAGCCAGAUAGGCAGGCAGGUUCUAGCUCCGCCCCCUGUGAUCCAACAGCAGCCCUAGAGACAGCUCAAGUUCUAAGGGUUUUGAGCACUGCCUCGGACCUCACAACCCAGUCCCUUGACAAAGGAAAGUGGGAACAAUGGAUAAGCACAGCGCGAAAACUCCGUUGUGGAAGAAGGAACUGGAGGAGUCCGGGGCCAGGGAAGCAGAGCAGGAGCUAGUGGAGGAAGAGUCAGAGGAGUACGAGGACCUCGACGCGGAGCGGCUUGCCAUCGAGAGCGCGGCUGGGAACGAGAAAGCGCCCCGCGCGGCGGACGUGGACAACGGCCGCGAGCGGGGUUCUGUGUCCUACUGCCCAUUGCGCCAGGAGUCGAGCACCCAGGAGGUGGCGCUGCAGCCGCGUGCAGACCCUGGCUUCUGGGGCUGGUUCAACCCCUUCGCGCUGCUAAGCAGCUUGGUGGGCCCCACCGACAGGAGCCGCAGCCUUCCUGGGGAGCAGUGCGUGCUGGAGAAGCGGCGCUCGAGGCCGAGCCGCUGGGGCUGUAAGCGCUGUGAGGUCCUGUUCUGCAAGAAAUGCAGCACUCUGCACAGCCACCCGGCCUACGUGGCACACUGUGUUCUGGAGCACCCGGAUCUGGGUAGGGCGGAGGCCGCUAGGGGCUCUCAGCGCCCCGACUUCCAGCCUUUGUGCCUUCCAUCCUUGCCUGACUCCCAACUCCGCUAACGGGGAGCCCUCUCAGGCACGUUGUACAGAACUAUCCCCUCUCCCAGCCACAAUCCCGAGCGCCCCACAUCAGGCGAGAAGCUCCCUGUUGGUGCGGGCUUCCACCUGUUAUCCCGAGCACCCUGCACCUACAGCCCACCAGAUCCUUGUCUCUGAUGCGCAGCCUUCUGCAUAUCUGGAAGAUGGUAUCGCUUCAGGGAGUCCUUCCUCCCACUGAGCAAAUGCUCCCUCCCCUGGGGCAUUCAAUAAAGCCUCUCAUCCAAGUAUCGAGCCUGGAGGGGAGGUAAGGCGGCUCCAGGUGGCAGUGAUGAAGACCAAGGGCUCCUUCCGCCCUGGGCGCAAGCCAGAGAGUAAAAGGCGGGCAGCGACCCUCGCCUCCCCAGGACAGGGCCGCACAAAGCACUCACUCCAAGAGCAUGAAGAAAGCCAGGCCAGCGGCGUCCCUGGGGUCUGAGGCAGGGGCGGAACCCCGCCAGACCGGAUUCCCCUCCCUGGAAGCAGCGGGCUGAGUGCCUAGGAGGCACCGGCAGGUGUGUGUUAGGAGAGGGCAGGGAGAGCUGAGGCACGAGACAGGGAGGCUGGGGAGCUGGUUCCUUCUCCAGGAAUCCCAGCUAUUCUUGGCCAGAUUGCAGGAGUUUCGGAAUGCUGCGUGUGUGGUCUGCAGAAUGGGGCUAUUGUGAGUCCCAGGCAUCCCCCAAACCCGCUAGGCCUCAUGGAGGGUGCUGCAGAAGUGCAGAACCCCAGGGGUAUUCUGACACCCUCCCUGCUGCGCUGGACUCUUUCUGGCAUGCGAGUGGAGGGGGUGGGGACACUUUGCUUCUUAGGAAGAGGCAGGCCUCUUCUCCCAUCACAACUCCACAUAGCCAGCCAGCCAUCGCGUGGGUAGAAGAGCGAGAUCCCUGCCUCUCCCACGUCCAUGCCCACCUGCUCUCACCAGACAGGGCAGAGAACUGGUGCAAAAAGGCUGCUUGUCGCUUCCGGGUCCACCAGAUGGGGGCGCCUCUUCAUUCUUUCCCAGUCAAAAAGCCAGAUUCAAGUAGGUCCAAGCCAGUCUGUCCCCCCCCCCCCAGGCCUUCGUCCCAAACAAG